AUGGUUGAUGGAGUUGGAGUUCUUUACUGUGACAACAACACCCAAAGAGCAGAACCCAGACAGAGAUGGAUGACAAAGCUGAUGGAAGACGACCCAGCACAGAUAGACUGGUACAACAAUGAAUUUCGGGAAAGUCACAGCUUCUUCCAUAACAUCACGAAGGAUCUGACGUUAAACUUUAAUCAGACAGAAGGUGUCCACACAAUGCAGUGGAUAUUUGGCUGUGAAUGUAAUGAUGAGACUUCAGAGAUGACUGGUGUUAAUAAGUUUGGCUACGAUGGAGAAGACUUCAUAAUUUUCGAUUUGAACUCAAAGAUGUGGAUCGCUGUGAGAGCUGAGGCUGCCAUCACCAAACAUAAGUGGGAAUCAAACAGAGCUGGAUUAUCUCACACUGUCGAUCAUCUCACUCAGCUUUGUCCCGAGAGGCUGAGGAGGUUUUUGAACUACGGGAGGAGCUUUUUGAUGAGGAAAGACGUCCCCUCAGUGUCUCUCCUCCAGAAGACUCCCUCCUCUCCAGUCAGCUGCCACGCUACAGGUUUCUACCCUGACAGAGCCAUGAUGUUCUGGAGGAAAGAUGGAGAGGAGAUUCAUGAAGGAGUGGAACAUGGAGAGAUCCUCCCCAACCAUGAUGGAUCCUUCUAG